CUAUUCGUUUCAUUGGCGAUCGAGUGACCAGUGUUGUCCUCUCACUAAUCACUACCCUGUUACGUACACAAUAUAGAUUAGCCUCGUUUUCAUGUCGGGUCGGUCACGUGAUGCGAUAUUUGUACUCCAAUUGGUUACUGAUGUUGGUAAGAGGCAAAUACGUCACACAUCGAGUCGGUGUCGUUCAGCAGUCGUCUCGGCUGUCCGACCCUUCGUGAACAAUUUCAUCGACGUUGCCGCGUGAGAAUAUGGAGAAAGAAGUCACGUCAUCAGACAGUGGGAGCGACGACCGUCGACGUGCCAGAUCGAGGCGUCUGUUGAAAGCGAAGGACACUGUCGGUACUAGAGAAUCUGCGUCAUCCGGGAACUCUGGAGAUAACAAACAUGAGAGAGACUACGACGUGACGAAGGACAUCUACGCGGCGGACGCCGACACCGACGUGGAGACGGAGACGGCACCGACGAGCGUCGAACCGGAAGUUGAGAUGUUGAAGAGUGGAAUGAGCGGGAGGCUGCGCGAACGCGUGACGAGAGGCACGAGCAGACGGAGUUCGCCAUACUUGGAGGAGGACUUCGCGUUCGAGUUGGAAAAACCGACAAAACGAAGCUCGAGAAAGAGGAAAGCCGAUGUCCCGGAUACUGAGAGGCGUGGUCACAGUCGGAAGAAGAAGCGGAAGGAUGACAGGAAACCGAAGCGAAGGCAGGCGGAGAGUGGUGAUGAAGGUGACGGUGUUGGUGGGAAGAAGAAGAAGAGUAGGAGGAAGAGAAAGAAGGGGGAUGUGCAACGGGAUGAGGGUUUGAGGAGGACAACCAGAGGGAAGUCGACUGUGAGUUAUGCAUAUGAGGAAGGUGAUGAGGAUGCUGAUUUCUAUAUUGUUGAGGCUGAGGUGCCCGACCAAGGCAGUGAAACCCAAGACUGGAAGCCUGUUGUUGAAGAGUGUGACGAAGAAGUUAGUGGAGAAGACGAGGAAGAUGAUGACAACGACGACGAAGAACGGGAAGGGGACGACGUGUGUGUGGUGUGUCGAGACGGCGGAGAGCUCUUGUUGUGUGACGAAUGCAAUGCUUGUUAUCACAUGGGCUGUCUUCAUCCUGUAGUCACAACCGUUCCACAAGGAGCAUGGCGAUGUCCAAGAUGCACAACUAUGAAGUUACCACACAAGAUAGAAAAGAUUCUGACCUGGAGAUGGAUUGAAGAUAAACCUGAUGCGAUGGAGAGUGACAUUGUGUGGACAGAACCAAACAAGAUUCGAGAAUUCUUUGUAAAAUACGUCACGUGUUCAUUCUGGCAAUGUGAAUGGAUUCCCGAGAUGAGUCUUGACGUCUACGAGCCGGGUCUGUAUCGAGCAUACUGCAGACGUACGGACAUGACCGAACCUCCAAUCCCCGACAACCCGGACGACGUCGUCAAGGAAGACUCACUACAAGCGACGUUGUACAACUGUGGUAUACGACUCGAAUGGUUGGUCAUACAGAGAAUCCUGAAUAGGAGGAAGGAACGAGGCGGCGUGAAGUAUUUGGUGAAGUGGAAGGAAAUGCCGUAUCACGGAUGCACGUGGGAGAAAUCAGACGUUUUACCCGAGAUGGACGAGCACAUUGCCAGGUUCAAGCAACAUCGACAGGCUGUUUCGUAUGACUCUGAUCCCACGACUGCAAGAAAGCGUAACAGAGACUCUGAAUCAAGAAAAAUGGCGAAAAACAAGUUAAACCUUUGUCAUAAGUACGACAAGCAGCCAGAUUUUAUUACAGCCACAACAGGAACACUUCACAAUUAUCAAAUUGAGGGUCUCAAUUGGUUACGAUUUUCGUGGGCACAAGGGACGCACACGAUUUUGGCCGACGAGAUGGGCCUGGGAAAGACAAUACAGACGAUCGCUUUCCUCUACUCUCUAUACAAAGAGGGUCUCUCUAAAGGUCCUUUUCUCAUCAGUGCUCCUCUAUCCACGAUCAUCAAUUGGGAACGUGAGUUUGACUUUUGGGCUCCUGACAUGUACGUCGUCUCGUACAUUGGCAGUAAGGAGGACCGAGUGACGAUACGAGAGCACGAAUUUUCAUUCGAUUCAGAUCCUAUGACUCGUAGUGCAGCGAAGAUGUGUCGUCUGAAGGGCGAUACUCGCUUGAAGUUCAAUGUGCUGUUGACGUCGUACGAGUUGGUUGGAGUCGAUCAGACUGUUCUCAGCUCGGUGGAUUGGGAAGUGCUGGUUGUAGACGAAGCUCAUCGAUUGAAAAACAAUCAGUCGAAGUUUUUUCAAGUUCUCAGUCAAUACAGGGUCAAGUAUCGUCUACUACUAACAGGAACUCCUCUUCAAAACAAUCUUGAAGAACUAUUCAACUUGCUCAACUUUCUCAGUGCCAAGGAUUUUAACUCUUGGGAAGACUUUAGUAGAGAAUUUGCCGACAUAUCCAAAGAAGAGCAGGUGAGUCGACUUCACGAAUUGCUACGACCUCACUUGUUGAGGAGAAUGAAAGCUGACGUGAUGAAGAAUAUUCCCGCUAAGAGUGAAUUUAUUGUCAGAGUGGAGUUGAGUCCAAUGCAAAGGCGAUUUUAUCGAUACAUUUUGACUCGAAACUUUCAGUCUCUCAACGCUCGAGGAUCGCGAGAGAAUGUCUCUCUUUUGAAUGUCGUAAUGGAACUCAAGAAAUGUUGCAAUCAUCCGUAUCUCUUUCCUGUAGCUGCAAUGGAGGCUCCUCACACAGAAAAUGGAAUGUAUGAAGGCAGGGCAUUGACCGAAGCGAGCGGAAAGUUUGAACUAUUAUCUAAGAUGUUGAGGAUGCUGAGAGAAGAAGGACAUCGAGUUUUGAUCUUUUCACAGAUGGCUAAGGUUCUUGAUCUGCUAGAAGAUUUUUUGGAGUACCAUCAAUACGGCUAUGAACGAAUAGACGGUGGCGUGUCGAGUACAGCGAGACAAAUGGCAAUAGAUCGUUUCAAUACUCCUGGCUCUAACAAGUUUGUCUUUCUGUUGACGACUCGUGCUGGAGGGUUGGGCAUCAACUUGGCCACGGCCGACACUGUUGUCAUCUAUGAUUCAGACUGGAACCCACACAUGGACAUUCAAGCUCUCAGUCGUGCCCAUAGAAUCGGUCAGUUGAACAAAGUGAUGAUUUAUCGAUUCGUGACUCGUGGCGGAGUGGAAGAACGAAUUGCUCAGGUUGCUAAGCGGAAAAUGCUUCUAACUCAUUUAGUGGAAAGCAGUAGUCGUGGCAUAAGCAUGUCUAAGAGAGAACUUGAUGAUAUUCUGAAAUUUGGAUCGAAAGAACUCUUUGAAGAGGCAGAAAAAGAAAGUGACAAUAUUGGUCGUAUUGUGUAUGACGAUGGCGCCGUCAGAGAACUCUUGGAUCGAUCAAAGCGAGGAGUGGAAGUAAAGCAAACUCUUGCAAACGAAUAUCUCAGUUCUUUCAAAGUAGCUAGCUAUGUCAUACGGAGUAAAGACGAAGCCGACGAAAGAGAAAUCCUAAAGGAUGAAGUUGCUGACACUGAUCCUGACUAUUGGGAGAAGCUGUUACGCCAGCACUGGGAACAACAGCAGGAGAUCAUUGAAAGUACACUUGGAAAGGGAAAACGCACUCGAAAGCAGAUUAAUUACUUUGUUGAAGAGGAACACCAACAAGAAGAACUCGAGUCAUGGGACGAGGCCAUGACGGACGGCGAGUCAGAGAGUGAAGACAUCUCCGACGACGAACUCACAUUCAAAGAGAAGCCAGAAGGUAAGAAGAGGAGAAAGGUUGGUAAUGAUAAACCGUUGCCACCACUCUUGGUGAGAGUCGGUGAUUCGGUUGAAGUUCUCGGAUUCAAUGCUCGUCAGCGUCGAGCAUUUCACAAUGCGGUUAUGCGUUAUGGGAUGCCGUCAGCGAACUCGUUCCAGUCUCAUUGGCUCUCUAAGGACUUGAGAACGAAAUCUGAGAAAGAGUUUAACGCGUAUGUCUCUCUAUUUAUGCGUCAUCUGGUCGAGCCAACCGGCGACAACGAAGAGACAUUUCGCGACGGCAUUCCAAGGGACGGUCUCCCACGUCACGCCACUCUCGCUCGCAUCGGCGUAAUGAAACUAAUACGUCGCAAGGUCAUGGAAUACGCAAACGUGAACGGACAGAACAGCAUUCCGGCAUCGUUACUACAACAAAUAAGCCACACGACCGCGCCCACGCCUCAACCACCACCACCAACAUCCACUACAUCGACAUCUAAUGAAACUCCAGCUACAGCGACCUCAACAACAGCAGUCGACACGACAGCUCCUGCUUCGAAUGUCUCCGAACCGAAGGCAGAGCAAGCAGAGAAAGUCGUCAGUAACACGGAAGGUGGUGACAAACAAGCUGGUCAACAGGUUGAAAUCAGCAAAUCUGAUGUCGUGAUUGUUGAGUUUGAGAAGGACGAUGUGCAUGAGACUGCCAGUCAGGAGCGUGCGCCUGACGUCGAGCUUAUUCUGGAGUCGGUUUCUGGAAAGUCGAACUCGGAUCUGUGGCAGAAGAUUAAGGCGGUGCCGUUUAUGUUUAAUAUUGCUGAUGGUGGUUUCACUGAGCUGCAUGGGCUGUGGGAGCACGAAGAGAAAAUUCAGAAUUUUGGGACUUGGUCGAGGCGUCAUGAUUAUUGGUUGCUGGCAGGGAUUGCAGUACGUGGGUAUGCGAGAUGGAAUGAGAUAUUGGCUGACACGCGGUUUGCUCUUUUGACGCUACCUUUCAAGGAGCAAGGUACUCCUGUCGAUGUUGCUGCCAAGUUCAUGAGCAGACGAUUUAAGCUGUUAGAGCAAGCUCUCGCUGUCGAAGAACAAAUCAAGCGCGCGUCGUACUUAGGAAUCACGCAGAGUGGAAAUGAUCCUGUUAUGACGCUUCAGAAUCGAUUUUCCGAAGUCGAGUGUCUCGUCGAAACACAUCAAAACCUGAUCAAGGAAGCGCACAGAAUCGGUCCAGCCGCAUUGCUACGACGCGUGUUUGUCCAGAUUGAUGACCUUCUCUCGGAGAUGAAGAACGAACUGAGUCGACUGCCCAAUCACCUCAGCCGUCUCCAGCCCGUCCAGAACCGUCUUCAGAUGGACGAGUGGCGCAUCAUGAGCAAGCUGACGUCACGGCAGGACAUCGUACCUUCGCGCAUCACUCCGCGUCCGCCGCAUCCGGGACACACGGCGGCGCCGUCGCAUCGGCCGACGGGAACGGUGACGUUGCAUCCGCCGAGCGUCAUCUCGCACCAUCCGUCGCCCAGCGUGUCGAUUCCUGCGACGGUGAUCGCGACCGUGAGGCCGCAAGCGCAGAAUAUGAUACACACGCCGCUGGCGUCCGUCGUGCGCUAUCAACCGUCCGUAAGCAAUCCUGGAUAUCACCAUCAAUCCGGGUCUCUUCCGACGCCGCCGAUUCUCACUCGCCACGUCGCACCGGUCGGCACCGUCCCUCAACGGCACGGGCAGCCUCCGACGCUGAUGGGAGGACACAACAUCGACGCGUCGAAGCAGCAGGGACGUCAUAGCGCGUACGAUGCGGCGGCGCUGCAGGACGUGCUACGGUACGCGAAGACGGGCGAGGAGAAGGCGGUUGUCGGCAUUGCGACUGGUAUCGAUAGUGAAGUGCAGAGUGCGUUGAGAGUGGCGGGAAAGGGAAAGAGUUCGGGAACGAAGGAGGAAAAGGUUGUGGUCACUUUGGAUGAGUGAUGUGGUUUAUUGGUGUCGUAUCAAUGUGGAGUAAUGUAGACUUUGUGUUGUGCCUGCAUGGACACGGUUAUAUAUAAUGUAUAGACGACAGUGUGUGCAGUUGACGGUAUGAAGAACGACGAGGUCGUUAAGUAA